AUGGCGAUGCUGGAUUCUUUCUUCAACAAGGGUUUCAAGGCGGCCAAAUGUAAAACCUUGCUGAAACUUACAAUUCCACGGAUAAAGUUGCUGAGAAAUAGGAGAGAGAUUCAAAUAAAGCAGAUGCGACGUGACAUUGCCAAGCUUCUUGAGACUGGUCAAGAAGCUACUGCUCGUGUUCGGGUGGAGCACGUUAUAAGGGAAGAGAAAAUGAUGGCUGCACAGGAGAUUGUUGAGCUAUUUUGUGAGCUGAUUGCUGUCCGCCUUCCCAUAAUUGAAGCACAAAGAGAAUGCCCUUUAGACUUGAAAGAAGCAAUUUCGAGUGUAUGUUUUGCUGCCCCAAGAUGUGCAGAUUUGCCUGAGUUGAUCCAGGUUCAAAUGCUUUUUGCUGCCAAAUAUGGGAAGGAAUUUGUAUCAGCUGCAACUGAGCUUAUGCCAGAAUGUGGUGUCAAUCGCCAGCUCAUAGAACUGCUAUCUGUACGUGCUCCUGAUCCUGCUGUAAAACUGAAGCUGCUGAAAGAGAUUGCAGAAGAGCAUGAGUUAGACUGGGAUCCAGCUGCCUCUGAAACUGAACUAUUGAAGCCAAAUGAGGAUUUGCUGUGGGUCCAAACUGCCCCUUCCAAAGAAAAACAUGACGAAUCAUUGUACUCAUCCCCAGAAGCUCAAGACAAGCAGUCAGAUUAUGAUACUGGUCUUGACGAAUUAGAUUUUCCAGAAGUUCCUAAGGCAUCAGUACGGUCCACUGUAGAUGUUUCAGCACCAGAAAUGGUUCCUCCCCCAGAAGGCAGUCUUCAAUCAGCAAAAAUUUCUGAUGCAAAUGAAAGCCAAGUUCAUCCGCAAAAUUUGGUGUCAGAAGAAGCACUGGAUGAGAAAUCAGAAACCAAUAAUGGCGAAUCCCACAUAACUCCUGAUGGUCAAAUGGAAGAUAAAAAAUUUGUUCCAUUCAUAUCUCCUCCCUCACUGUCUUCUUCAACAUUUUCUGUAAGAGAGACAAAGCCUAUUGUACAAGUGCCAAGGAGCAAAAGUGAAGUUAAUGUUGAUUUGCAGGACGUGUUGGCUGCUGCCCGGGCUGCUGCUGACUCUGCAGAAUGUGCAGCAGCUGCUGCCAGAUCAGCAGCAAGCCUUGCUGAGGUCAGGAUUAAUGAACUUGUCAAGAAAAGGAGUGAAGAAAUAUCUGAUGAUGGUAAUGAGAACCCAUUCCAUGAUGAUACUAGUGAGAAUAUUAUGAUGGCUAAGUUGCAUCUAUCUCAUCAAAAUUUGUCAAGUGAUACUUGGGUUCCAAAUUCUCCGAGCCCUCAUCAUGUUCAUGAAGAAGAUACUUUGGAGCAGCAUGAAUCAACUUUUCCUUCAUAUGACAGUUUCAAAGCGGGGAUGUUCCUCAAUUUGACACUUCUCACCACCGGCCUCAGAGACAGACUUCAAUAG